CUUCCCCGAACUCCGAGCGAGCCGGCGGCCGGACUCCGCCUCGGCCGGGCCCCCACCCUCCUGGAGGGGGUCCGCGGACGGGGAGGCCCAUUUUCUAGGUGAGCCCGCUGAGGCUCGCGGGGGCCGCGCCGACUCGGUCGUGCGCCCUCGGCCCUUUCAGGUCGGCUCCCCCACCUGCCCGGGGCCGGCCCGACUCUCGGCUCACCGCCCGUGUCUCCCCCAGCGCACCCCCGGACGCUAUGGCCCACCCCUCCGGCUGGCCCCGCGUGUAGGAUGGUAGCACACAACCAGGUGGCAGCCGACAAUGCAAUCUCCACGGCAGCAGAGUCCCGACGGCGGCCAGAACCUUCCUCGUCUUCGUCCUCGUCCCCGGCGGCCCCCGCGCCCCCGCGCGCCCCGCGGCCCUGCCCGGCGGCCCCGGCCCCGGCACCCGGCGACACGCACUUCCGCACGUUCCGCUCGCACGCCGAGUACCGGCGCAUCACCCGGGCCAGCGCGCUCCUCGACGCCUGCGGCUUCUACUGGGGGCCCCUGAGCGUGCACGGGGCGCACGAGCGGCUGCGCGCCGAGCCGGUGGGCACCUUCCUGGUGCGCGACAGCCGCCAGCGGAACUGCUUCUUCGCGCUCAGCGUGAAGAUGGCCUCGGGCCCCACGAGCAUCCGCGUGCACUUCCAGGCCGGCCGCUUCCACCUGGACGGCAGCCGCGAGAGCUUCGACUGCCUCUUCGAGCUGCUGGAGCACUACGUGGCGGCGCCGCGCCGCAUGCUCGGGGCCCCGCUGCGCCAGCGCCGCGUGCGGCCGCUGCAGGAGCUGUGUCGCCAGCGCAUCGUGGCCACCGUGGGCCGCGAGAACCUGGCGCGCAUCCCCCUCAACCCCGUCCUCCGCGACUACUUAAGCUCCUUCCCCUUCCAAAUCUGACCGGCCGCGCACGCAGCAUUAACUCGGGCUCGUUUUCAUGUUCUAUUAUUAAUUAUUAUUUCCCUGGAACCACGUGGGUGCCCUCCCCACCUGGGUUGGAGGGAGCGGGGCGUGGGGGCGAGGCGCCUCCCCCUCUCCGCUGGAGACGAGGCCGCAGACCCCCUCCUCAUCUCUUGGGGGGGUGCCCCCCCCUCCUGGUGCUCCCUCUGGGUCCCCCUGGUCGUUGUAGCAGCUUAACUUAACUGUAUCUGGGGCCAGGACCUGAAUUUGUACCUCCUACCUCUUCAUGUUUACAUAUACCCAGUAUUUUUGCACAAACCAGGGGUUGGGGGAGGGUCUCUGGCUUUAUUUUUCUGCUGUGCAGAAUCCUAUUUUAUAUUUUUUACAACCAGUUUAGGUAAUAAACUUUGUUAUGAAAGUUUUUUUUUUUUUU